GACGUCCUUACAGCGUUCUUUCGAAACCCAACUCUCUCUUCUCUUACACCAUGCGUGAAGUCAUCUCCAUCCACAUCGGCCAGGCCGGUAUCCAGACCGGUAACGCGUGCUGGGAGCUUUACUGCCUCGAGCACGGCAUCCAGCCCGAUGGCCAGAUGCCCUCCGACAAGACCAUCGGCGGCGGCGACGACGCGUUCAACACCUUCUUCUCCGAGACUGGCGCUGGCAAGCACGUCCCCCGCUGCGUCUUCCUCGAUCUCGAGCCCACCGUGAUCGACGAGGUCCGCACCGGCACGUACCGCCAGCUGUUCCACCCCGAGCAGCUCAUCUCCGGCAAGGAGGACGCCGCGAACAACUUCGCCCGUGGUCACUACACCAUCGGCAAGGAGAUCGUUGACCUCUGCCUCGACCGCAUCCGCAAGCUCGCGGACAACUGCACGGGUCUCCAGGGCUUCAUGGUCUUCAACGCCGUCGGCGGUGGUACCGGCUCCGGUCUCGGUUCCCUCCUCCUCGAGCGCCUCUCCGUGGAUUACGGCAAGAAGUCCAAGCUCGGCUUCACGGUGUACCCCUCCCCGCAGGUGUCCACCGCCGUCGUUGAGCCGUACAACUCCGUGCUCUCCACGCACUCCCUCCUCGAGCACACCGACGUCGCCGUCAUGCUCGACAACGAGGCGAUCUACGACAUCUGCCGCCGGUCCCUCGACAUCGAGCGCCCGACGUACACGAACCUUAACAGGCUCGUCGGCCAGGUCAUCUCCUCCCUCACGGCGUCUCUCCGUUUCGACGGUGCGCUCAACGUCGACAUCACGGAGUUCCAGACCAACCUCGUGCCGUACCCGCGCAUCCACUUCAUGCUUUCGUCGUACGCCCCCGUCAUCUCGGCGGAGAAGGCGUACCACGAGCAGCUCUCCGUCGCGGAGAUCACUAACUCCGCGUACGAGCCGGCGUCCAUGAUGGCCAAGUGCGAUCCCCGCCACGGCAAGUACAUGGCGUGCUGCCUCAUGUACCGUGGCGACGUCGUCCCCAAGGACGUCAACGCCGCCGUCGCGACGAUCAAGACCAAGCGCACGAUUCAGUUCGUCGACUGGUGCCCGACCGGUUUCAAGUGCGGUAUCAACUACCAGCCCCCGACCGUCGUUCCGGGUGGCGAUCUCGCCAAGGUGCAGCGCGCCGUGUGCAUGAUCUCCAACUCCACCGCCAUCGCGGAGGUGUUCUCCCGCCUCGACCACAAGUUCGACCUCAUGUACGCCAAGCGUGCGUUCGUCCACUGGUACGUCGGCGAAGGUAUGGAGGAGGGCGAGUUCUCCGAGGCCCGCGAGGAUCUCGCCGCCCUCGAGAAGGAUUACGAGGAGGUUGGCGCCGAGUCCGCCGAGGGCGACGGCGAGGAGGAGGCUGAGGAGUACUAAACGGUGCGCCGAAGCUGAGUCUUUACCGACCGAAACGCAAAAAAAAAGAAGAGCGCGGCGGCGUGAGGCGGGGCCCGUUUUCGGACGAGCCCUUCCUCUCGAACGGCGUCGCGUUAAAAAAAACCAAAAAAAUAACCCGAGAAGUUUUUAGGAGUGAUAGUUAUCUAGCAGCCCGCUUGUAAUUGACGUUUCUUUCUUCUCAAAU